AUGGAGAGAGAUGCAGAGACACACACAGAGAGAGAAGAAGAAACAGAGCAGACAGAGCUGAUGCAGGAGAAGAAAGAGAGCCGAGUGAACGACGCCGAGGAGAAACAUCUGAAAUCAGUCACUUCUCAUUUCAGUCGCUCAGAACUGAAGAAGACAGUCUCGCAGGAAGCCAGUAAUGUGUUCGUCUGCCCCGAGUGUGGGAAGAGUUUCACACACAGAGGACACUUCAACGAACACGUGAAGAUCCACUCGGGAGUCAAGCCCUUCAGCUGCCCUCACUGUCAGAAGAGCUUCACCUGUAGAGGACACCUGAAGCGGCACGUGCGCAUCCACACCGGAGAGAGACCGUACGCUUGCACCCAGUGCGGGAAGAGCUUCAAGUGUGCCACCAACCUCAAAGACCACCAGCGCUCGCACUCGGGAGAACGAGCCUUCAGCUGUGAGCAGUGCGGGAAGAACUUCAUCCUGGCGUCCAACCUGAAGGCCCACCUGAAGAUCCACACCGACGAGAAGCCGUACGUGUGCGCCGUGUGCGGGAAGGGCUUCCUGCGCCUGGGCUGUUUCAACGAUCAUCAGAAGAUCCACACGGGCGAGCGAGCGCACAUCUGCUUCGAGUGCGGAGACACCUUCACCAGAUCCAGCGCUCUGAAGCAGCACCAGAAGAUCCACAGCGGAGAGAGACCCUACAGCUGCUCACACUGUGGGAAGAGCUUCACUCACUCGGGAGCGCUGCGGAGACACGAGCGUGUGCACACCGGAGAGAGACCUUACCCCUGCACCGCCUGCGGGAGGAGAUUCACCCAGUCCAGCGACCUGCAGAACCACCGGAAGAAGCCCUGUCCCGUACGGUCAACACUGGGCUGAAGGAGAAUCAUUCAUGAGACUCAUCAUUCCUGUCACUAACACUACUGAGAUACCAGAGCUUAUAGUGUGGAUAGAAACACUGAGUUCAGUCGAAAACAGCAAAUACAGAUUGUGUGGAUUACAGUGUUACUCCAGUAGAUGGAGACAAGUGGAAAAGGUGUUCAUCGUUCUGUACAGAGGUUCGUUUAGAAAACUGAUUUCUUCCAGUAAUCAAGCAAGUGAAGACUUUAUGAGUGAGUCACGGAAUGAUUCAUUCAAGAGAUUCAUUCAAAAACACUGAUUCAUCUGGAAAUGAAACAAGUGAAGUCUUUAAGUGAGUCAUUGAAUCAUUUGUUCAAAAACACUGAU